UUUUUUAAUCUCAUCCAACCUCCCUUCCCGUGGAUAUCAAACCACCCGCAGAAGCAGAACAACUCGGCGAAGCCUCUCGAACCUUCCAAAUUCCGUCGAAUCCUUCCCCGAGCCCUGAUUCCCUCGCCGAAAUCGCGUGAUCCGCCUCGCGAUCUCUUUGUUCCCACCAAUGGCCGACAGGGAGAAGGCGGAGGCGGAGGCUGGGGAGGAGUAUGAGAGCGACCUCGACGAUGCGCCCCUGGCCGCUCUGCGGCGGCGCGACGCGGCGAGCGACGACGAGGGGGAGGAAGACGACGAGGACGGGGGGACGCCCUUGAGGCGGAUAAAGGCCGGAUCCGACGCGGAUUCCGACGGGCAGGGCGCCCCCGAGGUGUACGACGAGGGCGCGUACGAGGAGGGUGAGGAGUACGAGGAAUACGAGGAGGAGGUGUACGGUGAGUUCGAGGAAGGGGGUGGCGGAGGGCGGAGGGUGGCUUCCGAGGCGGUGGCCGCAGUGGGGCAGGAGGGCGAGGACGGGGAUGUUGAAAAGGCAGAUGAGGCAGGGCCUGGGGAGGAGCAGGAGAAGAAAGGGAACGAGCCCUACGCUGUGCCGACGACCGGCGCCUUCUACAUGCACGAUGACCGCUUCCAGGAGGGCCGUGGCCGUGGGCGCGGACGCCAAAGGAGAAUAGUGAACAGUAGAAAGUUGUGGAGUCCUAAAGAGGAUCAAGCCUGGGUCCAUGACAGAUUUGAUGAGAUGGAUCUGCAUGAUUUUCAUGGUGACAAUCCAAAAAGAAAUCAGGGAGGUCGCUUUAGAGGACGUGGUGGUGGGCCUGGGGGUAGAACUCGUGGUAUGGGCCGUGGUAAUUUCAGAGGCAACAGAUCUCGAACGUACUAUCAUGAAAGUAGCAAGAACUACAGUUAUGUUCCAAAGGAAUCUCAUUCUUACAAUGAUAACACCAAGAAUGCCCGACAUGCUUUGCCGGAUAAUGGGAAGAACAGAGUUUCAAAACCGUCUCGUGCCCACUAUGAUGAUGUCAAAAAUCAUGACAUUGUUCCCAAAGAAUCUCGUACUUACUAUGGUGAUGCUAAAAGUCAAAAGAAUACACCAAGAGUAGUUCGAGGAAGAGGCUCCAAGCGCUACCAACCACGUUUGAGAAGCAAUGCUGAUAUAUCUUCAGGACAAAAUAAUAAAUCUCAAGGUCUUGAAGCCACUUCAUCAAAUACCAACUUGGGACAAAACCAAGCCCAAACAUCAAAUUCUCAACCUGAACCAGUUCAUCCAAUUAAGCAAACCAUUGCCUCAAACUUGAAUUCGGCUUCACCACCAUUUUACCCUUCUCGAUCGUCCAAUCAAGAAUUUCCAGUUAGUCAAGGAGGGAAUGCACAACUUAGCAGUACCCUAUUAAGAGGAAAGGCCUUUGUACCAUCUGUUGGGCAUGUUGAAGCUGCUAUGAAGGGAAUGAAUAGACCUGCAUUGUCCUCAAAUGGUCCAUUUCCUGCAUUUCCUGUAUCUAGUAAUCAAGCCAACAGAGAUUAUGUUCAGCCUGCCCAUCCAGUUGUUCAACAAAAUCCAGUUCAAUCACCUUCUCAAGCUGUGCCCAGGAUGCCUGCCCAGAUGUUCGGUGCAAGAUUCAGCAAUAGCAAUAAAAUAUCACCUGUACAACCUACAAUUUCGAGUGAUGACACAGAACUUUCUUCACCUAGUGGAUCAAAAAAAUUUGAUUCUCGAUUAACAGUUGGACAACCUGGUGAUCAAGGAGAAGAGCGUACUUCUUUUACAUAUGGUGGAACUCAUGUUCUUGGGGCUACAGGGGCCAUGGGCCUUACGCUUGGGGACCAAAAUUUCCAUGGUACCCCAGCACUGCUGCCAGUUAUGCGGUUUGGAGGUCAGCGUCCAGUUGGGCCUGGUGUUCCUUCGAUUGGUAUGGCUCUGCCAGGAUUUGUGUCUCAACAACAACUUGGUCUCAGCAAUUCUGAGAUGACUUGGCUACCAAUAUUGACUGGUGCCUCUGGAGCCCUAGGAGCACCUUAUGGUUCACCUUAUAUCUCUAUGGAUGGAAGCUAUUACUCCCGACCAUCUGAACAAGCAUCUUCAUCAGGUUCUAUUGGAGAACCUAGUGCAAAUAAUGCCUCUUCUCUGUUGAAACCUCAAGAAAUAACAGAGGUUGCAAGUGGGGAACCCAGUCAACGUCAAAAUAAACCUCGCCGAUACUCGGAGAUGAACUUUGGCCAAUGAACAUAGUGAUGAUGGAAAUUAAUGAGGGCUCACUAUCAGCUUUGGGUCUGAGUAAGACCUGUGCAAGACACAUGCCUUCCCGAGUCCUUGCAACAUUUCACUGUCUGAUGUCUAGCACUUUGGGCUAUCUUGUACCCCCAAAACGCCAGGUUUGACAGCUGAAGGUGUCCAAAUCCUCACUAUGGUCAUUUGCUGUGAUUAUUCUGAUGGUCUGGUGUUGUUACAUUAUUAGGUGAGAUUUACACGGUAUAUGUUACCACAUUAUCGAGCGCCUGUGACAUUGCGUGCAGUCAUAAGCGUGAAGGUCGUGAUGGAAAUCGUGAGAGGUCCCCGUCCUGUAAAGAAGCUCGUGUCUCAUGGUGUGCUUGGGUUUGCAACUUGCUUCUGUGCCUGCCUUCUUGGCUUGCAUCCAUUGUGUUUGUGAACAACUUGUUAUCUGAUGCACUGUGUUCAAGAUAAUAUUUUCCACGACAAUAGUACGGUGUUAGUAGUUAAUAGCAUAUAGUAGCAUGAUUUAUGGUGGUUGAUCUUUCUUGGGAUGCCGGCAGCUUUAGGCACUUGGCAUCCGAGAGGAAAGGGCACGCUGAGCUGCUCGCUGCAUAUGUUAUAUGCUCAUCUGGAGAUUUGUCGCUCGGCACUUUUGGAGCAUGUUCACCUUGUCCUGUUGCUUAAGAGA